AUGGCUGAUGAACAUAAACCGCAAGCUGAUGCUACAGAUACUGGCUCAUCUUCAACAAAAACACUCUACGAAUUGAGUGUUUGUCGUGUUGCAGACAGAUUUACAAACUUGAAAAAAUAUCUUAUUUGUUUACCCGAGAAUAUUCUCUUCGACGUUUACUAUGAGUUGUAUAAAAAAAAUAAAUUAUGUCUACUUGGAGCCGAGUUCAACAAUUUAGAUACCUUUUCAAAGAUGCUAAGGGUCAGAAACAAAAGGAUUCAAUUAUUCCAAGUUUUUCAGGCCCUGAUGGAUCACGGGACAAAAAUUGACAACGAAUUGGCAAUAAGUUACAAUGUAUGCUGCUUAGAAAUAAAAAAAAAAUCAAACUGCCAAGCGAACAUAAUAGAUCUCGGACUUAAACUCGGAAGUUUUUUGAGCGACGCUGGAUGGUACGCAGAAAGUACAAAAGUUUUAUUAUCCUGCAGAGAUUUAUGUAUCAGCGAGAGCGAAACAUCAGAAAAUUGGUGUCGUACGUUGGACUGUUGUCAUAAAUUACUUCGAGCCCAAGCAGCUUACUGUGCAUUUAAAGAUGCUGCGGAGACACACGAGCUGGCACUAUAUACAAUUAAAAAAUUACAGGACGCUGGUUAUAAAGAUUGCAAUCACGCAGCUCUUUACGCAGAAUUCAGUGUAUUUUUUUUCAUGAGAAGUGAAUAUAAUCAGGCUUACGGGUGGAGUGUCGCGGCAUUGAAAGAAUUAAAACCAACAUUACCGCCACGUAUUACAAUAGACGUGUUACGUCAGGCUGCUAAAUCAUGCGUUGUUAAGCGGGAGUUUAAAAAAGCCGGUUUGCUAAUACGUCAGGCGGUAUAUCUGGCACGAGAAGUAUUUGACAAAAAUCAUCCCAAAUUUUGUGAUGUUCUUAUAGACUACGGAUUUCAUUUAUUAAAUUUUGAUAGCAUUACUAAUAGUGUUCAUGUUUAUCAAAAUGCUCUGCAAAUACGAGAACAAAUAUUUGGACGGACUAAUUUACAUGUCGCUAUUGCUCACGAAGACUUGGCGUACGCACUCUAUGUACGUGAGUACAGUUCUGGUAGAUUUACUAAGGCGCGGGAACACGUCGAGAGAGCUAUUGACAUAAUGGAAAAACUUUUACCGUACGAGCACUUGAUGUUGGCCAGCGCGAAGCGUGUCAAGGCGCUGAUAUUGGAAGAAAUAGCGCUCGAUAACGAGCAGGACAAUGGUGCGACGUCGAAUAAAGAUUUGUUACUGGAAUCCGAGUACCUGCAUCUCUCAGCUCUGCGUCUUGCCCAGACGGCUUUCGGGGAGCGAAAUGUACAAACGGCUAAGCAUUACGGGAAUUUAGGUCGGCUCUAUCAAAGCAUGAGUCGAUUUCAGGAAGCUGAAGAGAUGCAUUUAAAAGCCAUAAGCAUAAAGGAAGAACUACUGGGCUCCAACGACUACGAAGUUGGAUUAAGCAUCGGACAUUUGGCUUCGCUUUAUAAUUUUCAUAUGGAUCGUUAUCGUGACGCGGAAAAACUCUACUACCGCAGCAUUGCCAUUAAUCUUAAGUUAUUCGGUAAGAGUUACAGCGGACUGGAAUACGAUUACCGGGGUUUAUUGCACGUGUAUGAAAAAUUACACGAGUACGACAAACUUUUGGAGUACAGAGACACUUUAAUUUGUUGGAAUGACUUGAGAAAACAGUACAAUCAGUCCGAGCACUCGCCGAUUGACUUAAACGAAUGCCCUCAACCCAUUGAAAAUGUGAUAAAAACAUUUUUUUCGAUGUAA